AUGUUAUCAAAUAAAAUUGAGGCUUGCCUGUGGCUGACAAGGUUGUUCACAAUAUUUGCCACCGUAAAUUAUUUUUUUGGACUUUUAAGUGAUUCUCCACACUUAUUGAGUUAUUAUCAAAAAGUUCUUUUGAGCAAUGCUAUAACGAGCGCGCUGAGGUUACAUCAACGAGUUCCUAAUUUCCAGUUCACUAGAGAAUAUUUUGGUCAGUUGUUCCUGGAAGACAGUGCACACUACCUCAUCUAUUCCAUAUUGUUCAUCACUUCUGGAACCAUAUCAAUGGCCAUCUUGCCAUUGUUCUUGUAUGCCCUGUUGCAUGCCCAGGCCUAUACAAAACAACUACUUAACCUGAUUGGACCCAGCUCACUAUCAUUGGUGAGAAAUUUGUUAAGCAAGUUGGAACAGAAUCAAGUGAAUAUUCUUCGCUUUAUAGCAUGUAGUGAAAUUUUUCUGAUGCCAGCUAUCAUCCUAACAUUCUUUACUGGCCAGGGCAGCCUCUUCCUCCCAUUCCUCUAUUAUCGAUUCCUUUCAUUGAGAUACUCGUCAAGGAGGAACCCUUAUUGCAAACAGUUAUUUUGCGAGCUGAGAAUGUCAGCAGAAAGUUUGUGCUCAGGUGAAACCUGUCCCCAAUUUAUAAGAAGCAUAGUCCACAAAAUCAUAAGCAUAAUCUGUAGACUGGCACCUUACUGA